CAGGGAUCCAUGCUGCCUCGCAGGAGAGGACACAAUGACGGUGCCAGGAUGGCGUGGAGUCUCAGCCCUGACCCUCGGGGUUGUGGGCCUGCUCCUGAGUCUCCUCUUCCCGAGGCAACCAGGUCCCAAGGUGCAGGUGACCACGGCGCCCUCCUCCUGGGCCCGCCUGGGCUCGGGGGCCCUGCUGCAUUGCCGGUUCUCUGUUGAGGGGCCAGUGGCCCUGGACUAUCUGCGGGUGCAGUGGUAUUUAGGGGAGGUGAAGGUGGUGGGGGGGGUAAGGGGGCCCUGGUACGCCGGGGGCGGGAGCCAGGCCCAGUCCGGAGUCAGCCUGCCAUUGGAGAAGGAGCUGCAAAGCGGAGAUGCCUCCCUGUCACUGGCUACAGUGAUGCCAUGGGAUAAGGGCAUGUACAAGUGUGUCGUGUGGCACAGGAAACAUCAGCACCAGGGGAAGACCAGACUGCACCUGCUCGUUGGCCCAACAAUCUCCAUCCCAAGACAACCAGCUACGGUUGGUGUGGAAACCUCUCUUCUGUGCCACGUGACGGGGUCCUUCCCCAUGGACGUGGACAUGAUGUGGCUGAGAGAUGGGGAGGUCCAGAAGGGCUUCACUCGCUCCAGCAGCAAAAGGAAACUGGAUGAGACCUUCAGCCUCACCCUGACCUACACCUUCACCCCCGACCUGCACGACAGUGGCAGCGUCUUCUCCUGCUGUGUCCACCAUGAGGUUCUGGGGCAGUCACUGCAGGAGGACAUCACCCUGGACAUCCUAGCUGCACCAACAAUCUCCAUCCAAAGACAACUGGGCAUUGCAGAUGCUGAGACCUCCCUCCUGUGCCACGUUGAGGGGUUCUUCCCUGAGGACGUGGACGUGGUGUGGCUGAGAGACGGGCAGGUCCUGAAGGGCUCCACCCGCUCCAGCCCCCAGACGAACCCGGAUGGGACCUUCAGCCUCACCCUCACCUACACCUUCAGCCCCACACACAGUGACGCUGGCAGCAACUUCUCCUGCCAUGUCCACCACGAGGCUCUGGAGCAGCCACUGCAGAAAGACGUCUCCCUGGACAUCCGAGUACGGAGCACAGAUGUGGAUCAAACCAGAACACUGAUCAUAGCCAUCAUAAUGAUAGCAGGAACUGUGGUCAUCAUAAUCAUUUUCUGCCAUACAAAUAGGAGAAAAGGCUGGGCAGUCUUGUACUCCAUCUCGGAGGUGGCUGGGCCAGAGCGGUGCCUGCUGGGCCAGGAGGUGACCCUGCACUGCUCCAUGGAGGGGACGUUCCCUGAGGAUGUCACCAUCAAGUGGGAGUGGAUCCACAGUGAGGAAAGGACCGUGCCUGAGAGCGACCAGCCACAGUCCCCAUCCGCUCCCAGGGGCUGCAGAGUGACCGAGGAGAGAGCUGGGACCCGCCUCACGUCCUCCCUGACCUUCACCCCCACGCUGCAGGACGACGGGGCGCAGGUCCGGUGCAUCUUCCUCCACGAGACCAAACUGAUCAGAGAGGAGCGAGUGUCCCCGGAGAUCCGGGUGUGGGCCCGGCCGCAGGUGUCUGAGAUCCAGGUGUUGCCGGAGUGGGACCCCCGUGACAAGGUGCCGUUUGCUGUCCAGCUCCACAACUUCUACCCCAGGGAGGUGCCCCCAAUCCAGUGGGGCUGGGACGGGGCCGGGAGCUGGAGGGAAGACCCCGCGCAGAUAGACAAGAACGCGGACGGCACGUUCACCGCGACGAGCAUCUGGAGAGUGCCCAGCCGGAGCCUGACCCGGCCGGAGCUGCGAGUGCGAGUGUGCGUCCAGCACGGCCCCGGAGAGCCCCCGAGCGAGAGAGAGCUCAGCCUGAGGGCCGCGGGUCUCCUGCGGCCCCCGGACGUGUCCGAAAUCUCCCAGCCUGAGUCCGUGGCCACGGGGAAGGGAGUCACCCUGAGCUGCCACAUCACGGGGCAUUUCCCGGGGGAGCUGAGCGUGACCUGGCUGCGGAGGCGCAAGGGGGAGGACACUGCUGUGAUCCUGCGGGACUCGGCUGAGUGCAGGGUGGAGCCCGGCACGGCCGUCCUGGCACGGGACGGGAAAAGCUUCCAGCAGGAGACGAGACUCACCCGCUGGACAUCCAGGGACCAGGGGGCAGAGUACAUCUGCCGCGUGGGACACCUCGCCCUGGAGACCCCCACUGAGAGGAGCAGCACCUGCCAUCUGCACCUUCCAGACCAGGGGGAGGUCUCUCAGCUGCAGGACCUGGUCCCCAGGCAGCCGGUGACUGUGCAGAGCUUUGUAUCAGGCUCCUACCUCAGGCAGCUGGUGAUGCCCUUGCUGGGAAAGAGAGCAAGAAAGAAGGAGCCCAGGCCCCUGCAGAACUCAGACGCCCACCGUGUCCUCACCCCGGUCCCCAGCCGGGCACCAGUUGGGAAGUCCUAUAGCAUGGAGUCCAAGCUGUGUGUUCCCUCCAUGGAGCCUGAGGAGGCUGGAGUGGAGAACCACGGCCAUAUGGAGCAUGAGGCCCUGAAGGAGCCCAAGUCCAGGUCCAGCGAGCAGCUGCAACAUCAGGGUCAUUCAGAGUCCCCCAGAGCCUCCAAGAGCUGAAGAGGGAGGUGGCAGCCAAAGACAGAGGCAAUGUCACCAGCACUGCAUCUCUUCCCCACCCAGGAGAUGCCAGGGAUGGUGCCCACAGCUUGCCUGAGGGAUCAAGGAUGCU